AUGACCACCGCUCCCCUCCCCAACUCUCCCUCCCGGCUCUUCGACGUCUACACCGACAAUGCCCCGAAGACCAAUCUCUCCCCGAUGCCGCGCGGCGGCUGCAAUUUCGUCGACCUGACGCCUGGCACCGCCGGCUCCCGCUGCGGCUGCCGACGCUUUUGGAAGCUUCAUACCGCCGAUAAUGCCGCGCCAAGCUCGGCCGGCUGGUGCAUGUGCAACCAUCACGCAUGCUACCACGACGACCGCGCUCCGGACGAAGCUCUCGCGCCGCCCCCGCCCACGCCCGUUACGGGUCAGGAGAACGAAAAGCCCAAACUCGCAGGGCGCCAACCUCUCAGUCCAGUCGUUGACUUCUCAUUCAAGGUGCCACCCGCCAUUCCUGGGCUCGACAUGGCCAAUCUAUCAGCGGGGCCUCCACCGCUUUCCUUCCUCAACGACUUUCCCGACGACACGGAGAUGAUGAAUGUACCCAACGUAGCUCCUCCCAUUGCCCCGUCCCUACCGGACACUCUCAAUUGGGCCGAUUUUGUCUAUUCAGACAAUGAGCCUAAUGCGCUACCCUCUAUACCACCUCAAUGCCUCUUCUCUCAAAAGACAGCCUCGACCACAUCCUCAGUACAAAACAAGUACCUCCGACCAUUCGCUGGCAGAGGCCUGCAUACACUUGCCACUGCAAAAGAACCCAAACAAUCACCGCUGCGUCAGACAACCAGGCCAAAUAGCCAAGCCACGCAGCAAGCUCCCGCUCAUGCGGAGCAGGCGCCUGGGACACCUAUGACUGGUGUUUCUACGAUAGUUGAGCCCCGUGUCUUGGAACGUGAUUUGGCUUCCAAGGAAGGCUUCAAGAAUUUGACUGACGCCUUGUCUGUUCAUGAGCAGCGGCUGGACAAGCUCGAAACGGGCUCUUUUGCUGCGACCGCUGCCCACGACGACUGUGUGGACAAGCACGAACAUCUUGACCUACGCGUUACCGAUCUAGAAGGGAAAGUGGAAGAGUUGGAGAAGCUUGCCAACGAUAAUGACACUGUCGCCAGCCGCCGGGAGCGCCAUGAUGACGAUGGAACUACGGCCAGUGUCAUAUCUGCUACUACCAGCACCACAACGCGUCCUGCUAAUGUGCGCGAGUUUACGAAUCAACUGCAGGCUCUUCAGACCCAAGUUUCACAAUUGCACUCCAUUCUACCCUCUGCCAGCCAACCGUGGGAGGUUGAGGUUGUCUUUCUGCCAUUUCCACUCAAGAAAGUAUGGCAAAACAUGCACCAAUUCAGACGAGAUUCUGCUCUCAGCAACGACGACUGGACCCAGGUACCACAAACCAACAGCGCCGCCCUGUUUCGGUCUCAGUCUCCCGUCUUUGGUGACUGGGCCACGCCGGACCACGAUGCCGAGUGGCUUCUGCCCAAGGCCUGCGGCGACAAGAGCGUCACCAACAAGCGCCUGCGCAGCCGCGGUCUCGUCAAAACCAUCUCUGUCCACGGGCCCGAUGCCCGCAGCGUGCAUAUGGCCCUUGUAUCGGCCUUUGGCAGCGUCUUCAGCGAGAUGCAGAUCCUACCGCGCCGCCAGGACACGGCAGACCCCCGCUACGAGCGCUUCAUUGGCCUGCAGUCGUCGUGGCUGCCCCUGCGCAAGAUUCACCGAGACUCGCGUCUCCGCUUCCUGAGCCCCGCGGAGAUGGUGACACCCGCGCUGUGGGAUGUACAGUUUCUCGGCUCCGUCAUGAUGCGGUCGUCUGAACCUAGAUUGUUCAUCACCCACCCGGACGCCUACCUGCAGGACUACGCCGCCUACGAGGCCGGCUGGACCUGGCAGCGUGUUCGCGAGCUGACGCGCGUGUACCCCGAUUUUGACGAUUCGCAGCAGGUGCCCGAGGCCGACGCCCUCGAGGAGCACUGGACUUGGAGCGACACCAUGGACGAGCCCCCCAACGUCAACACAUCGAUGAGUCUACGCCAGUCGCGGCCGCCCGCCACCAUCUCGCCCUCACACGCUCGCUUCCCGCUCAUUGAGCGCUGGCGAUCGCAGAGUCCCGCCGUCAUCCGCGAGCACUCGCCACUUGCCAACCACAACAACCGCUCCCGGUCGUCCUCUCGCCCACCGCAUGCCCACAGCGGCUCGGUUCCCGUGUCCGCCGCACGCCACCCGUCCGCUGAGAUUCAACGCCGCGUCUCUACCAACAGCCGACGUGCAUCCCCCGCUACACGCGUCAGCGUCGUCGGCGGCGGCAUCAUGAAGAAUGGACGCGGCACUCGUUCCCCCAGCCGCCCGCUGCAUACACCGCGCUGGACGCACUCUCCCAGUCCCAUGCCCUGGGGUGGCGGCGGCGCGCAGGACCGCCAGCCGGCACGCGGCAUGACGCCGUUUGCCUACGCCACGCCCUACAGCAACGCCCCCGCACCGCAGCCGCAGGAAAAUGGAUACCGCGCGCGCAGCGGCAGCGCGGUCCGCUUCGAGGUGCAUCAGCAGUAUUACCGCCACCGCAGCAGUAGCAGUCGUCCCGCGCCUGUUCCAAUGUUGAUUGACCAUGAUGAAGAGGGUGACAUUCAAAUUUAUAAUAGCGAGUCGGACGACGACUAUGAAGAGGACGAGGCUGAAGAAGAGGGGGACGCAGACAGCGUCGAUAUGGUGACGGAUGCGCAGCCACGCCAUCACCACCCGCUGCGGCUCUUACCGGGCUCUGGCUGGCCCGGCAUGCCUGAGGACGAGCCUUGGCCCGGCAUCGAAGAUGAAGUGCCGCGGUCCGGCGACGCGGAGAAUAUCGAUCCCGACGGUGGUGAUGGCGACGGCGGGCUGGGGGCGCAGAGCGACCAUAGCAGUCAGCCGAGCGAGUAUCCGAGCACGCAGCUGAUUAAGCAGGACGAGGACGAGGAGGAAGACUUUUUGAUUCAUGAGGAUUAG